AUGGCGUCUCGAAGUGACACGGUCUUUCCCCUGAUCCCCGCGCCCAUGGCGCUGGCAGUAGACACCCUCUCGGCCGCCGCCGCCACCACGUCACGGCGGUCUCCCGCACCAUCAAGAGCCACUACCACAUCGGCAGACAGGAUAACGACACCAAAUACACCGGCGACGGCAGCAGCAGAAACACCAGGAGCAACAACAAAACGGGCCAAGAACCCACGGCAUCCCAUCUUCAACGAGGAUAUCUUCUCCCGGUUCUACACCACCCCGUUCCUGGUCUUCCACUUCGCCAUCUACGGCGCUAUCCCUUUCUACUACCUGCUGCACUACUCGCCCUUCCGGGACUUUGGCGGCGGCACCCUGAACCACGUCGUGAAAUGGGCCCUAUUCGUCCUCACGCAGUACAUCACCGCCGUCAUCGUCACCUCGUGGAACGGGCGGUACCGCGUGCAGAAAGACGUGACUGCUUGCGCGCUGAUGCUGGUCGGGCUGGCUGGGUUGACGGGACUGAAGGCGCUGGUGGACGGGAUGGCUGCGUCUAAGGGAUGA